CGGAGAAGAAGGUGGGAUAUAAAUGCAAACCACAAGAAGAAGAACUUUGUAUAGAUUUCCCCUCAAUGGUCGGGUUACAGUGCGGAGAAAUAAGGCUGGACUCUUGAAUCUAGAGGCAUCAUUGAUUCUAAAAAGUAGAUUACAAAGGCUGUGGGUGGCACCCUCUGCGUGCAGCUGAAAUUGGAUUCCUCCUCCGCCUCUUUUCUCCAUCCAAGAGUUUGUUUCCCGGUUUUGAAACCAAGAAGUAAAUCCCCUUGUGUUACAAGAGGAGACAGGUCAGUUUCCUGCUGCUGCUGCGCCUGUUGGGCUUCUUCUGGCAAAUGAUCACGAGUGCUUCUACUGCACCAGGCAGGCUGCUUUCCUCUCUCCUUCAGGGUGUGGGAGCCAAGCAAAGCCUUUCGACUCCUGCGAGGGCAGAAGGUGGCUGGAUCCAUCGUGGGAGAAACCCUCGUCCAUCGGUGGAGAAGACAGGCAGAGCAAAGUCUGAGCUUGUAGAGGAGGGACUGAAAGGAUGUCGUUAUACAAUGCCAUGGUCCUUGCCGUCUACAUCUUUGCCUUCCUGGCUGGCCUCCCAGCCAACCUCCUGGCCUUCUACACAUUCCAAGCCAAGGUGCGCCAGAAGGCAACCCCAAUAGAAAUCCUCUUGUUCAACUUGACUGUGUCUGAUGUCAUCCUGCUCCUCUUUCUGCCCUUCAAGAUGGUGGAGGCCGCUUCGGACAUGACAUGGCCUCUCCCCAUGUUCCUUUGCCCUCUCACCAACUUCUGUUACUACAGCAGCAUCUACAUCAGCACCCUGUUCCUCAUGGCCAUCAGCGUGGAGCGCUACCUGGGCGUUGCCUAUCCUAUCAGGUACAAGUUGAACCGGAGACCAAUGUAUGCAGUGUUUGCCAGCAUCUUGUUCUGGUUCCUCGCUUGCUCCCACUGCAGCAUUGUCUACAUCGUGGAACUCGCUUUGCCAGGUCAUAAUAACGAAACCAUCUCCAACUCUGCCAACACCUCCAAAUGUUAUGAGAGUUUCUCCCCCAACCAGCUCCACAUCCUCCUCCCUGUCCGCCUGGAGCUCUGCAUCACCCUCUUCUUCCUCCCUUUCCUCAUCACCCUUUUUUGCUAUGUCAACUUAGUCCGCAUCCUAACCUCCUUGCCUAACAUCCAUGCCCGCAGGAAGCAACGGGCUGUGGGGCUUGCUGUGGCUACUUUGCUCAACUUUGCGGUCUGCUUUGCUCCCUACAACAUUUCCCACAUUGUGGGCUUCAUCCAGAAUGAGAGUCCUUCCUGGAGGGUGUAUGCGUUGCUCCUUAGCACCCUCAACGCUUCCAUGGACCCAGCAAUCUUCUAUUUCUCCUCCACUGCCAUCCAACAAACCUUUGCCAAAUGUUUUUCCGGCCUGGGACGCAAGUUCCAUGCCAUCAUGCCAUGGUGUUAUCAGUUUUGUGGGUUCUGCUGUGACAUCGAGAUAGACCACAGUGGGGUUGAUAAAUCUUCUAUUUCUAUUUCUAACCUGGGCGAGCUGCCUUCUGAAAGGAUCGUGAGGGGCUGGUAGCCUGCUUUGUCCAUACUUUGGGACUUGGAAUGAAAGAGGAUGUCCAUAUGGAGAAAUGAAGGACCUUCUUUUCUGUGCCUCUCAGCAGACUUUUGCAAACUCCACCAAGUUUCAGCCUCUAAUACAUAUGGAAGGUCAGCAUAGAGUUUCUCCACAGAUGACUGAAAGGCUUAUUGGAAGCAAUGGUUGGCCUAUGUGAUGUGCUUCAGAGGACUAAAUGAAGCAUUUUGGCUUGCCUGGGGGUAAAGAUGUGUGGUCAACACCACAGAAGGAACCUUCUGUUGGUUCAUGAAUCACUCCACCUCCCAGUUGCCAGAGAAGGAGCUGAGAGAGAAGCUACCUCUUCCGAACUCCCCCUUUUGACAGGGGAACCUUAGUUCUGGUGGCCAAUGGUGGCCCACACUGCCUCUGCCUAGUCCUUGGAACUAUGCAGGCCACACCCAUCACUGGUCUUGCUCUGCUCCCUCCUAUAGCCAUUUUAUGUGACUGGAAUGUGUGAUAAUACCUUGUUUCCCUAGCUGGAGGAUGGAGAAGGACUAAUUUGUUUUAAACCAUUUUGAAUGUUGUGUUUUAAAUGGUUGUGA